AUGACGAACAAGGAACAUGUAUUGGAUGGCCUGCAAGAUUCACUCACAGCAGUUGAUUAUAUAAACCAACAGGAGCAAUUGGAAAGAGAAGCUAGAACAUUGAUGCCCUUUGAUCCAAACGAGUGUACAUACGAAUUGGGAGAACUAAGACAACAAGUAUAUGCUUGCUUGACAUGUUCCAAAAUGAAUGAUAAUCAGCCAAUUGGUGUUUGCUAUUCAUGUUCCAUACAGUGCCAUUCAAAGCACGAGUUGGUUGAACUAUUUACAAAACGAUCCUUUUUAUGUGAUUGUGGAACCACAAGAAUGGCAAAGACUCCUAAUGGAGCAUGCAAUUUGAGGAGAGCUGGUCUUACUAAUCCAAGUCUACUGUCUGGACCAAGUAGCCGACAACAUAGCCACGUAGAUCUUCCUGCAGAGGAUAUACCCGGUAGUUCAAAUGUUUAUAACCAAAAUUUCCACGGCACAUUUUGUGAUUGUAAACAACCAUAUGACCCUUUGGAAGAAACCGGAAACAUGCUACAGUGCUACUUUGGAUUUGAAUGCGGUGAAGAUUGGUUUCAUGAUAGGUGUAUUAUGGGGUUAUCGUCAAAGAUGAUUGAGAAGGGUAGUAAGGUAGAAUCUAGUCGGGGAGGAAAGGACGGACAUACGACCACUCAAGAGCAAAACGAUACGAAGAAUACAGGGCCACUUAAUAAUGCACAGAAGAAACACACAGAACAUGAUGCAAAGAACGAAGCUGACGAAGUGACAGAGAUCUCCCUGGGCGACGACGACUCAGACGAAGAAGAAGACGCUGAUGAUAUGAUUAAACGAUUACAAUACUUCCCUCGAUUGAAUUCAUUUGAAGAAUAUAUUUGUUGGCGAUGUGUUGCCAAAUUUCGUGAUAUUUUCAUGCAAUUGGACCAAAAAUUCCCUGGUGUCAUUGUAGAAAAAUUGCCUCGAUUCAAAGACAUCGAGAAUGUUACAGAGUGGAACACCUUGAAAAGGGAAGAGAUUUCGCAAGAUAAAAAACGAGUGAAGAAGGAGAGUGACACCAAACACCUUGAAGAUCCACAUUAUUCAGUAUUCUUGGGCAAACAUUUCAAAAAGAAGUUGACAGAAAAUAUAUCUAAACUUGACCACGAGUCAAGCUUGUAUCAAUUCCUUCAGAACAACCCAUACCUUUACGAUAACGACCCUGUGUAUAAACCACCUGAGGAUGCAUCGGAGGACGCAUGGUCAACAGCUGGAUCUAAUGCAGAUCUGUCGGCAGUUGAUGCUAUCCAUUCCUUACCGAGGGACCAAGCAAUAGAAGGUAUUCAAGCAUAUAAUGCGAUAAAAUCCAAACUUCGUGACUUUUUCAAACCCUUUGCCGAGCAGGGAAGAGUUGUUACUGAAGACGAGGUAAAGAACUUUUUUGAAGACAUGGCGGCGAACGACAGGUCAUUAGGUUAA